UCGACCAGGCGGCCUCUUGCUCAGCCAGCUGGGGGGUCCGCUCGGCAGCAGGCGUCCGACCUGACGAGCCUGCGGGUUGGAGGGGCAGAGCGUCCGCACGAGGCGGCUGGGAGAAGCGCAGGAGGACCGGGCAGGGGUAGGGGUUACGGUUAGGGUGAUCAGCGAGAUAAAACCCAGGAAGGAUGAUGUGGCCCAAUUUUUUCCUCCAGGAGCAGGAGCGCAUGGCUGGCUUGCGGGGCCGGGCGGGCAGCAAGCGGCGCCCGGGCCUCACCGAUGCUCAGGAAGGCAAGAUCAAGCUGGCCUUCUUCGUGGCCAUCGUGGGGGUGACGCUGACCGUGCUGGCCGUGGGCACCGAGUUCUGGGUGGAGCUCAACACCUACAAGCAGAACCACAGCGCCAUGUGCGAGGCCGCCCACUUCGGCCUCUGGAAGUUCUGCUACAAGAAGCUCUGGGUGGAGGACGUGGAGGUGGAGAGGGCGACCUGCGGCCCGGCUGAGCUGCCCGGAGAAGCCAACUGCUCCUACUUCAAAUUCUUCAGCACGGGGGAGAACGCCCGCAUUUUCCAGAGAACGACGAAAAAAGAGCUGAACAUCACAGCAGCCGUGAUUUCUCUGCUGAGCAUCACCCUGAUGGUGAUGGGCUCCCUCUGCAUCACCAUGGCGCUGAGCAAAGGGGUGGAGUUCCUGCUCAAACCCGCCUCCUGCUUCUUCAUGAUCUCCGGGAUCAUGGUGCUGAUCAGCCUGGAGGUUUUCCGCCACUCGGUGCGGUGGCUCAUUGACAGUGACCAGAGCGUGCCGCUGGAGUACGAGUACUCGUGGUCCGUGGCCUGCGCCGUGGCCGCUGGCGCCGUGCUGAUCUUCGGCGGUGGCUGCUUCAUCCUCCUCUCCCUCCCAGGCCUGCCUAAGAAGCUCUGGCAAUGCUGCGUUCGGAGCACCGCCACCAGCAGUGCCUGAUGGACACGAUCCGGGGGGGGACCUGGGCCAGAGUCUGGGAGUGGGGGUCACAGAGAAACUAUUUCUUUAUGCCCCACCUGGGGGGGCACCCUGCCUCAGAUCAGCCCCCGCCCCACCUACCAAUGAACCUCUGGGGAUUUUACUGUUGCAAGGGAAGGGGCCGGAACAUGGGAUAUUAAGAAAGAGGGUGGCAUGAUAACAAGAUGGGUGGUGGGGAGGUGGAGGGAUCAAAUUAAUAACCUCAGCAGGUCUGUAUUUAAUCCUGGGUUUUAUAAAUGGCUAUUUUUAGCUGGAGGGGGUGUCUUUCUGAUCUCAGUCCUCCCCUCCCGGGGUCAAUCCAGAGUCACUCUCAGUGCAAUGGGAGCAGGGCUGAGUUCUGAUCUCAGCCCCCUGGGGUCAAUCUGGAGUCACCCCCCAAAUGCAAUGGUGGUGUGACUGGGUGCUGAUCUCAGCUCCUGAUGUCAAUCCGAAGUCACCCCCUGACUGCACUGGGGGCAGGGCCGGGUUCUGAUCUCAGAUCCUGGUGUCAGUCCAGAGUCACUCCCAGUUGCAAUGGGGGCAGGGCUGAGUUCUGAUCUCAGCUCCUGGCAGCAAUCCAGAGUCACCCCUGACUGCAAUGGGAGCAGGGCUGGGUUCUAAUCUCAGCUCCUGGUGUCAAUCCAGAGUCACUCUCAAUUGCAGUGGG